UUUAACUUUAAUCAAAGACUAACAUAUUCUCAACUCUCAUUGUGUAUUUUGAAGGUAUUUAUAAUAUAAAGCCGUCACGCUUCAUACAACCCGCUUAAAGUGCUUGUCGGCUACCAGGCUAUUGUUUUGACAACCUGGUGUAGCACAGAGCUAGUUAGCAUGUAAGCUAACGCUAGCUAAUAAACUAUCUUUGGCUGGCAGAUGGUUCUUGACAGUCUCUCAACCUGUCGGACAAAAACUUAGACAUGAGUAAAAGUCUGAAUAAUAUAUAAAUACAGGACAGCAUUUUAGAUAUUUAGCUAGUGGUUAUUGGUGAGAUAACGUUACUUGUCAGUCACAUUGCAACACGGGACAGUUGUGUUUGACUGAAGCACGUCUGUGUGCUGUGUUGAAAUAGAUUGUGUCAUGUAUGGCGGCAUAUCACGCUUUAAGAUUCGCUCACCUCAUCAAGAAAGGAUUGCCCAAUAAACACUGGACAAAACCAAGUAACACCUCAUUCGUGGUGUCAGCUCAAGUUGUAUUAAUGACUGCUCUGACAGACUUUGAACCUUUAGCAAAGAGACUCAGGGUUGAAGUCAGUGCCACAACGUCCCCUUCAUCUUCUCUCAAAGUACCAUCUUCAUUUAUGCAGACCAGAGACAAUGAGACAGUAGAUCAAGAAAGAAGGCAAAACAACACAGGAACAAAGAUGAACAUACGGCCAAAGAGUGGGGCGGAUGGUUUGCAUGGUGUAAAGAAGAAAAGUGUCCGCCAAAGAAAGCAGCAGAAUUUCGAAAAUGCUCUUAAGCGAUGGUUGCUUACGCCUGCCAAUAAAGCAAGCACAGCUGAAGUGUGCCAAACCCAAGAGGAUGUAGAAAUGACUGAAGACGGUGGCUGUCAGAGCAACUCGUUGCAUUCUCUGGACUGCCGAAAGGCUGAAAAACCACCUAUUUCUGACUCUGAUUCUGAUGAAGAAACCCAACCCUUGACACCAGGAGACCUGUAUGAAGAGAAUAAUGUGUCACCAGCUUCCAACGAUGCUGUAGGGAGUGGGCUUAUGGAUACACAGCCUCACAGUUCCUCAGAAAGCUCAGAGGGAUCCAUCAAACAGAACACCAGAAUAACAGACUUCUUCUCAGUGACCCCGUCACCAGGUUUACCUGUGAGACGAGGCAGGCCGGAUACGUUUCCAGAGAAACCAGAUGCAGACAAGGAAACUAUCUCUGCCGAUGUCAAAUGGCUAGGGACGCCAAUUGGUGAGCUAAAGAGAAUGCCUGAAUGUGGCAGACCACUUCCCCCGCUGAAGGACGUUCCUGGCCAGCACACUGUGAUGAUAAGGACAGACCUUCUUCAGAGUGGUAAACCUCCUGUGCCAUAUCCUUCUAUUUUUAACGAUACUUGGGAUGAUGUCCAUGUCAAGAUGCCCUGCUCCACUUCGAACCUGUUUCCUGUUGAAGAUGAGGAAACAAGAGAACUUCAGAAUAAGAGUCGGUGGGAGUUGAUCAAGGAAACUUUAAACAAGGAAUUUACAAAUCAAUCUGACUUGAAGAAUGCGAUAUUGAAAUACAAUGCCUCAAACGCCAAGAAAUGGGACUUCACAGCACUUCAUUUGUACUGCACUAAGGUCCUGGAGCCUGAUGCGGCCGAACAUCUGUUUGGCUCCCUGCUGCCAGACAUGGUGCAAUUAGCACUGAGAGCAUCUGAGCUCUGUACCAAGCCGAUACCCCUCCUCAAGAGAGGCACGACCCACUCCAUCACCAUGUCUCAGGAGCAGGUGGCAUGUCUGCUCGCCAACGCCUUCUUCUGCACCUUUCCCCGACGCAACUCCAGAAAGACCGAAUACUGGAACUACCCGGACAUCAAUUUUUUCAGACUGUUUGAAGGCUCCUCCUCACAGAAGACUGAAAAGCUGAAAACCCUGAUGUGCUAUUUCAAGAGUUUCACUGAGAAAAAACCCAGUGGACUUGUUACAUUCACACGGAAAAGACUGGACAAACCUCUGAACUGGAAAAGCUCACAGACUCUGCUAACAAACCUCCAUAUUACUUGUGAAGGGACCAUUGAGGACAAUGGAUAUGGAAUGCUUCAGGUGGAUUUUGCCAACAAGUUUGUUGGAGGUGGAGUCACCAGUUCUGGUCUAGUUCAAGAGGAAAUCCGCUUCCUGAUCAAUCCUGAGCUUAUUGUUUCUCGCCUCUUCACUGAGGCCCUGGAUCAUAAUGACUGUCUUAUCAUCACAGGUACACAGCAGUACAGUGAAUACUCAGGGUAUUCUCGGACCUAUCAAUGGACUGGCAGCCACCAGGAUGUAACUCCAAGAGAUGACUGGCAGAGGAGAUGCACAGAGAUUGUGGCCAUUGAUGCGCUGCACUUCAAGAAUUUUCUUGAGCAGUUUCACCCAGAGAAAAUCAACCGAGAACUCAACAAGGCAUACUGUGGCUUUGCUCGCCCUGACGAAGAAAAACAAAACCUUGCAGCGGUGGCUACAGGAAACUGGGGGUGUGGUGUUUUCGGGGGCGACACACGUCUGAAAGCUCUGCUCCAGAUGAUGGCAGCUGCUGAGGCGGGCCGAGAUGUGGCUUAUUUCACCUUUGGUGACAGCCAGCUCAUGACAGAUGUCCACAACAUGCACUCAUUCCUCACGCAGAGGAAGAUCAGUGUCGGGGUGGUGUAUGAUCUCCUGGGGCAGUACUACAGCUCAGUGUGCAAGAGCUGCCUCAGUCGGCGCCCUGAUGUCAGCCUCUACUCCUUCAUCUACCAACAGGUCAGCUCCACCCUGGCGCCAGAUGAGUCCGACAGGGGCUCGGCCAGACAACACGUCCCUGCAGACGGCCGUUAAGGUCAGGUGGCUGAUGAGUCACCGCGCCUUAUCGUCAGAAAACGAAACACUUAUCGAAUUAAAUCAUUCUCAGUCUUUAUUUUUAUCUCAGUUUUGGUUGCUAGACAGACUUUUAAUUAACAGUUUUGGAUAUACCAAAUGUGGUCGUCCGCCACUGGCAGCUGAAAAUGAAAAUCCAGCAUGCAGACACAUUUCGAGAACAACCGAACAGCAGAAGGUGAUUAGUUAUGACCCUGUCUGGCGCUGCAGUCCUGGCUGUGUUCAUUUUGCUGCUGCUGGUAAUACGCCAAUGGACUGAGCUUCAAUACGACGCAAUUGUGAUUUUAAUGGUGAAGCAAAGGUUGCCAUCCAUCUUCUGAGUUUGUCAUGUUGCCUUAUUUCACACCCACAUAUAUCCAGCCUAAUUGAAUUGGCUGUCAGAAAUCAAGUUAAAGGAAAGGAAUAACAAGAACAGGGUUUGGAAAGCUUGGAGCGGUCUCAGGAAAAACGGUUUGAUUUAAAGAGCAGCCCAGCUCUUUGGGAAAUAAUCUCUUACGCUCUGCAUUUCAUGUAAAAUUCUAAUUUCAAUCAUGGAUCCAUUUCUUUGAGUUCUUUUCUGUUUCUUUGAGUUCUUUGCUGUAUGUGAUACACAGACCAAAGAACACAGAUGCACUUAAUUUGAUUUGAUGUGUUUGUUUUUUGUAUUUUACAACUGAUUGCAGUGUUAAACUGUUAUUUGUAGGCCUUCUACAGGCUUGAAUUGAAAGAUUGUUUUUCAAAAUAAAAUCAGUUUAAACAAAAAGGAA